AGUAGCUUGAAGAAAUAAGAGAACCUCAUUUCUAGGGUCAAUGGGAAUCUGCAUAUCCUGCUCUGCUUCAGCUCGAAAGAUUCAAGAUGGCAAUGAAAAUGCAAUGUUCUUUGGAAAGAACAUCGAUCUCUCUGGGGUUCAGAGCUUUGGUUCUCUUUAUUCCAAGGCAGGAAGCAAAGGACUAAACCAAGACAGUGCCAUUCUUUACCAGGGCUAUGGAGUCGGAGAUGCAUCUCUCUGUGGAGUUUUUGACGGGCAUGGAAAGAAUGGUCACAUAGUGAGUGAGAUGGUGAAGAAUCACCUACCAGCACUACUACAAAGCCAAAUGCAAGCUCUCGAACAAUUCACUCUAGUAACAAAAUCAGAUGGUGAGAAGAAUUACGACGACAAAACUGAUACAGAAUCAAAACCAAGCAAGAAUUUUAAGAAGUGGGAAGAUGCACUUUGUAAUGCCUUCAGAGUCAUGGACAAGGAAAUUAAGCUGCAACAGGAUUUGGACUGCUCUUGUAGUGGAACCACUGCUGUUAUUGCUUUAAGACAGGGGAAGGACCUUUAUAUAGCUAAUCUGGGUGACUCAAGAGCCAUCCUGGGAACAAUGACUGAGAAUGGAAUUAAAGGCAUUCAAUUAACCACUGAUCUAAAGCCUGGUGUACCAAGUGAAUCUGAACGAAUAAGAGCAUGCAAUGGUCGAGUGUUUGCACUGGAGCAAGAAAAGCACAUCCAGAGAGUGUGGUUGCCCCAUGAACUCCUUCCAGGUCUAGCCAUGUCACGAGCUUUCGGGGACUUUGUGCUCAAAGAUCAUGGCAUCAUUGCCGUCCCGGAUGUCUCCCAUCGCUGCCUGACCUCCGAAGAUCAGUUCAUUGUUCUUGCAACUGAUGGGGUAUGGGAUGUGCUUACCAACAAUGAAGUUGCAUCUAUUGUGUGGGAAGCCAAGACUGCAGAGGAAGCUGCUAGGACAGUGACUGAGACGGCUAUAGCAACAUGGAAAACGAAGUACCCAGCUUCUAAGAUAGACGACUGCACUGUGGUCUGUCUCUUUUUUAGUUCAUUGUAAUACUGUAUAGACCUUGAAGAAGUUGGCGAGCCUCUUUUGAGCAAGCCAUUUUGAUCCAGUCGAUCUGUAACUGUAACUCACACACGUUUAAUACAGCACUUAAAGAUUUGAGAA